UUCAAACAAAUUGUAAUGCCAAUUUUGUUGUCUGAAAUUAUUUAUUUUUCUUUUAAGUUUUAUUAAAGAAACAAUAUGAUUAAUCGUUGUAAAAGUCAUCUUUUGAUGUUAUUGUUUAUUGCUUUAUACUGCAUGAUGGUGUUGAUAGUGAUAGUGAUGGCAGACAAUAAUGAUCGUGUCAGAUUAAAAGAUAUUCAAACAUUAACAUUUCAUUCUGCCAGUUUAACCAAAUCAAGACGUAAUCAAACUAUUUCCCAAUUGAAAUGCGUCGGUAAUGGCCAUUGUAACAGUGUCAAUAUAUCAACAGUUACAUGUUACAAUAAUGGAACCAAUGGUCCAUCUAUACAUUGGCAAUGUAAAGCCCAAAUGCCGUCCAACUAUAAAUUCGGACAAUUAGACAUGUCAUGCGAAGGUUAUGAUUCCCCUCAAGAUGAAUACAUUCUGGCUGGUUCAUGCAGUCUACAAUAUUCCAUUGUUGAACGUUCCCAUGCUGGUGAUGCUGCUCACGAUGAUGAUGAUGAUGAUGAUGGGGGAUUUUUACAAAUGUCAAGCAUGAAAAUAACUUUGAUUGCAGUGCUCAUAUUAUUCAGUUGUUGUUGUUGUUGCUUUUGUUGUCCUGGAAAAAGAUCGAAGCCAAUUGUAAAUCGUGCAACAACAACCAAAUCCCAAUCACCAUCAAAGAGUUGUAGUAUUCGACAAUAUUCCUCCGAAUUACCUGGAAGUAGGAUUCCUUCCCGACAGCCAUUAGAACCAUCAAAGAGUCAUAGAAUUAAACAAUAUUCCUCUAAAUUGCCGAGAAGUAGUGUUGCAGCACGACAGUCAUUCGAGCCAUCAAAGAGUUAUAGAAUUGGACAAUUUUCCUCGGAAUCAUCUGAAGACUAUAGUAUUGCACCACAACAGCCAUUACAACAAUCAAACAGUUAUAAAAAAGAGCAACAUUCCUCUAAAUCAUCUGCAAUCAGUAUUAUACCGGGCAUAUUAGGCGGUGCAGCUGCCGGUGGUUUCAUGGGCUAUCUAUUUGGUUCAAGCCAAGAUCAAAUCAUAUCACCCAAUUUAGAUAUUGCUGCAACACCACCUCCAGCUCUCAACUGACAAAAAACUUGACUAAUUCAAUAAAUUAUUAUUAUUAUUAUUAUUAUC